AUGGGUUCCAGACCGAUAGACCCAAAGGAACUCCUAAAAGGACUGGACUGUUUCCUUGGCAAAGAUGGAGAAGUCAAAACACACGAAGGAAUCACUAAAAUUUUCAAGUAGGUUUUUAGUGUUAAGGGUAUAAUUGAAAGGCUUUGUUGUGACUCCCAAAAAGUGAUGGCUUACUAAAACCUUACAUUGUACAUGCGAUGUAAGAACCCUCCAGCAUCGUUUACAGCUGUUCAGCUAUGGCAGGCAUCCCCAAAUUCGGCCCUCCAGAUGUUUUGGGACUACAACUCCCAUCAUCCCUAGCUAACAGGACCAGUGGUCAGGGAUGCUGGGAAUUGUAGUCUCAAAACAUCUGGAGGGCCGAGGUUGAGGAAGCCUGACCUUGCAUAUAAUUCUGAAAACUAGGUCAGCUUACUGGGUGAGCUGGAAUUGACAGAAUUUGAAUUCCCUUCUCUCAACAAAUGUAUCUGUGUGUGUGUGUCACCCCACCCCACUGAAAAAGCUCCCUUUUCCUUACAAAUAUUAUCUGGUGACUAUACACAGUCUCAUCUUCUGGAUGGCCUGCUUGCAGUAGUAGUUAAUAUUUCCCUUUUCUCCAAUUUUAGCUUGAUGAAAGAUGCCCAGAAGAUGGUCAGUCGCUGCAUCUAUCUGAACAUCUUGUUGCAGACCAGAACACAAGACAUACUCUCAAAGUAAGGACUUUUGAAUGUUUCUGAUGAAUAGAAUUUGGUCUGCUAGUUCCAGAGGCAGAGGGGGAGUUCUGUGGAUUAAGUCUAGGAAAGGGGCUGGGGUGGACUUCUGACUCAUGUCGCCACCUCCAGCAAAAGGAAUAUGCUUCCUAUAAUUACGGAUGCCACUGAAUUGUCCAGUCACUUACUUUACUUUAUGCAUUUUGCGUUUUAUGUUUUAACCCAUCUUGUGGUCUCGAUGAUACAUGAAUAUUAAUAAAUAAAUAAAUGAAUAAUACUUAAAUAAAUAAUAAUAGUUAGCAGGGUGAGCCCACUUGCAUUCAGGAUAUUCAUAUCCUUGCUUUGCUUUUGCCUGUCUAUCCGCCUCCCAGUUAGUCUUACAAAUCCUAGGCACUCAUUGCAACCAUCUAGGAACGGUGAGCAAAGCACUUAUCUCAACAAAGUGUGUUCCCCUCUUUCUGCAGAUUCAUCAAGGUUGGUGGCUACAAGCUUCUCAACACAUGGCUGACCAGCUCAAAAGCAGCGAAUAACGUGCCCCUCCUGCAGCAGAUCCUGCUCACCCUGCAGCACUUGCCCCUUACUGUGGAUCAUCUGAAACAAGUUAGUCAAUGAAACAGCUUUGGGCGUUGCUCUUCACCCUUGCCCUUGGGUUUCAGGGCAGCAGAAAUGCCCCGCGGCAAGGUGGGUGGGCCAGGAGGGCUUGGCCUUUUUCUCGGGAUCACACGCCUUUCCCAAAGCCAGUACCCCCCUGGGUGCAGUAGUACAGCAACCUGACACGCAUUGUUUCAGCCUGGCGUUUUGCUUGAUGUGAUAACCUCCUAUUUUUUCCUCCCACCCUUUCUAUUUCAGAACAAUACUGCCAAGCUGGUCAAGCAGCUCAGCAAGACAAGUGAGGAUGAAGGUAAAAACCUGUUCUCUGGACACUUGCAGAAUUCUGAUACAUGCCCUCUUACAUUGGUUAUCACUAUAUUCCAGCAGCUCAUUCGGUGCUUAUGUCUCUCUCCUUUCCAGAGCUUCGCAGACUGGCUUCAAUACUGGUCAGCGACUGGAUGGGUGUCAUCCGUUCCCAGAGUAGCUCCCAGCCUACAGGUGAGUGACACUGUGCUGUCUCACAGAUGCUUAGGUUAAGUUUGUAAUAGCCAAAUCUGGCUGUUAACCGGUCUCAUCCUUCAGAACUAAGAACAAGUGUUUCCCAAACUCUGGUCUCCAGCUGUUUUUCGACUACAACUCCCAUCAUUCCUAGCUAACAGGACCAGUGGUCAGGGAUGAUGGAAAUUGUAGUCUGAUUGGUAUAUUCACACAUUGUUUAAAGCAAGUACAAACAGUGAUGAAAUCUCCCUUAGCUACAUCCCGAAAGGGCCAGGAAGUAUUCCGACUUUAACCCUUCUGACCUUCUUCUUCCUUGCAGAGCGAGACAAGAAAAAGCGGAAGGAGGAGAAUAAAGGCAAAACACCCGUUCAGGAGAAGCCUCAGGAGGCCAAAUCGGAAGCCAAGCCUGAAGAGACCCCUGAGAAGAAGAAAGAAAAGCCAAAAUCUCUCCGCACUACAGCGCCCAGCCAUGCUAAGUUCCGUUCCACCGGUAAGUGCUGGCAUAGUCAUGCUUAAUGAGCCGGUAUGGUGUAGCAUUUAAGAGUUGGACUAGGACCCUGGGAGAGCAGAGUUCAAAUCCCAACUCAACUGUGGAGCUCACGAGGUCACCUUGGGCCAGUCGCAGCCUCUCAGCUUAGCCCCACCCCACCAAGUUGUUGUGAGGAUAAAAUGGGGGGGAUGGGACUGUGUAUGCCACUCUGAGCUCCUUGGGAGGAAAGGUGGGAUAUAAAUGUUGCCAACAGAAUAAUAUGUUUUUGAGCAAAAAUACAUUCUAGAAACAGCUGGCUUGCAGUCUUGGAUAGGCAGGCAGACCAUACUUGCAGAGCCUAUUCUGGGAUCAUUGCAGUUGUUGUUGGAAACAGUUAUGACACUGAAUGUUGCCGUUAACUUGCAGGGCUGGAAAUGGAGACUCCAUCCCUCCUUCCCGUAAAGAAAACUGUCAGUGCUGCAGUAACCUCGGACAAAUACAACUUGAAGCCAAUACCACUGAAGAGACAGAAGUAAGUCCUUGGAUCCUAAUGAUGACUUCAUCUCAUUGCUCUUAACUACUUGUCGAUUGGAGGAUCUCAACCCAGCAUUGGGAAAGCUUCAAUUAUUCCUGUUGAGCCAGCACUUUCCUAAGUUGUAACAUCAACUCUUUCAGGAGGCGGGAGUUGAUGGUGACAGGAGGCCUUUUGUUUGUUAUCUGUAGUGAAUGAGGUGUAAUAGUUGGAGAAAGUGGCUCAAGCCAUUCUGUUCACAGAUUUUUAGAUAUGCUGGAGCAAGGAAGUUUGGAAUAGUGAUAGAGCAGAAUCUGGAUUCACACCGCCCUGGGAUCUUCUGAUAAAAGGGCGGGCUGUAAAUUGGAUAAAUAACAACAGCAGGGACGUUCGUUAGACAAAUAAAGUAUGCAAUUUGUGUCUCCAAGACAAUUUGUCUACUACAAGAGAUAUAAACUCCCGAAACUGAUGGCGACCUUCCUAGUGCCCCCUCCGCUUUUAACUGACUGGGUGCCUUUUCCUCCUGCAGCACAUCUACUCCCAUUGCAGAAAACCCACCUGCUGAGAAGAAAUACAAGCCCCUCAAUACCACCCCUAACACUACCAAAGAGAUUAAAGUCAAGAUCAUCCCCGCACAACGUAAGCUUCUCUAAUUUUUGGUUUUUUUAAUGGUUGUUCACACCAUUGUGUCUUAACCAGAAGGCUUGUCCCAGGUAGAAAAUGACCUAUGGAGUAACAUGCACUAUAGAGGCAGCUAGAAUACCAGUGCUCUGACCUUCCUCAUGAGUGAGGCUGUUGUGGCUGCUGAAUGUUUCCGAGGCUGCAGACCUUGCCAUGCUUGCUUGGGAGUAGCUCCCACUGAGCACGGUGGGGCAUCUUAUGACUAAACACGUUCAGGAUUGCACUGAUGAGGGACUUUGAUUACAGAAUUGCUUUCAACCCGUUUUUCUCCAUUCAUCCCCAGCUAUGGAAGGUUUGGGCUUUUUGGAUGCCCUAAACUCUGCCCCUGUCCCAGGGAUCAAGAUCAAGAAGAAAAAGAAAGUUUUGUCUCCAACUGCAGCAAAGGUGAGAGGAACCUGUUACCGUAUUUUUCGCCCCAUAGGGCGCACCAGCCCAUAGGGCGCACCUAGGUUUUUUUUGGGGGGGGGAAUAAAGAAAAAAAAUAUAUUUCCCCCCCAGGCGUGGGGCUGGGGAUAGAGGCAGCUCUGUGCAAGCCGUGGGAGGGCUCCCGCGGCUUGUGCAGAGCUACCCGAAGCCCGAGCGCGACUGCUCAGCGCGCCCAGGCUUUGGGGUGCAGGCAGCUCUCCGCAAGCCGUGGGAGCCCGGCGGGAACUCCCGCAGGCUCCCAAGGCUUGCAGAUAGCUUCCUGAAGCCUGGAGAGCGAGAGGGGUCGGUACGCACCAACCCCUCGCGCUCUCCAGGCUUCAGCGAAAGCUUGCAUUCGCCCCAUAGGAUGCACACACAUUUCCCCUUCAUUUUUGGAGGGGGAAAAGUGCGUCCUAUAGGGCGAAAAAUACGGUAAUAAUAGGAAUUGUUGUUGUUGUUGUUGUUAUUAUUUAUACUUUGCCCCUCUGGCUGGGUUUCCCCAGCCACUCUGGGCAGCUCGCAACAGAAUGUUAAAAAUGCGAUCAAACAUUAAAAAUUGCCUUCAGAUGUCUUCUAAAAGUCAGAUAGUUGUUUAUCUUCUUGACAUCUGGUGGGAGGGCGUUCCACAGGGCAGGCACCACCACCAAGAAGGCCCUCUGCCUGGUUCCCUGUAGCUUCACUUCUCAUAGUGAGGGAACUGCCAGAAGGCCCUCAGAGCUGGACCUCAGUGUCCGGGCUGAACGAUGGGGGUGGAUGUAUCAAUAUGUAUAUUGAUGGCCAAAGCCCCAACUUCCCCUACUGUUAACACCGUAUCUGGCAAUUAACUAAAUAGAGGCUUGGGGUGUGUUUCUCAAUAUUUAGUCAAGCCCCUUUGAAGGGAAGCCAGUUCAAGAAAUGAGUGCCACCAAGCCAGCUUCACCAGAGCUUACCCCUGCAUCAGAGCCAAUGGAUGUGGAUAGACCUGGCACCCCUGUACCAGCUGUGGAGGUUCCUGAGCCAAUGGAGACAAGUAAGGAAUAGCAGGAGGGAAGGCACAUCCAGUGUAACUGUGUGUGUGUGUGUGUGUGUGUGUACAUGGAGCAGAGCUUUUUACCCGAUGCUGUGCUGAGUUUGUCCAGGAAGCCUUCACCAUCUUAAAAUUGCUGUCUCAAAGCAAGAUCCUGAGCAGCUAGUGCAUGGUGUCUAAAAGGCAACUGGCCUAAGGGAUAUACAUGGCAUCUGAAAUAGGUUAGGGGUUUCCCCGCCUCUUCUGGCCCUGGUAUUCGAAGCAUGCGAUGUCUCUGCAGCUCUGUUGCUGAGCUUGCAUGUGGUUGUGCUUUUGCAGACUCCUCUGAGCAGGGCGGAUUGCUGGAUUCCAAACCAGCCGAUAGCCCGGUCGACUCAACCCAGCUGACAAAAAAGGGCAAGAAGAAGAAGACUGUGAGCUGGCCUGAGGAAAGCAAGCUGCGGGAAUACUUCUACUUCGAACUGGAUGAGACAGAGCGAGGUGAGUGCCCUGUUCUGGAGAGAAGGUUUGUGCAAAUAAAAGGAAUUGGAAUGCGAAAACACACAUGCCCAGCCCAGGGAUUCCUUCUGCAGUGGCUAAGUCACAAGGCCACGUGGCAGUGAAAACAAUUAUUCUGGGCACUCUUGGCUUUCCAUCAAGGGUUUCUUGGCAAGCAGUAAUGUCCAGGGUUUAUUUCUUUGUUGAAUUAAAGCUUUGAUAUUCAGGAACCGAGGGUCCUCUAGGCUAACAUAUAUUGUUUGCUGUGGGAAAAUUUGGAGUUUCUCUGUUGUGCUGAUCAACAGAAAGGAUUGGUUUUCCCUUCCAAGAAGUUGGUGUGGGAAGGCAAUAAUGAACCUUCAGUGUUGGCACAUGAGGGUCCCUCGCUGCAUUGUUAAAAAGAGUUUUGCCAGAUCUUAUUUUAGGCUUACCUGUCUGCUCUGUCCUCAUAGUCAAUGUGAACAAAAUCAAAGACUUUGGCGAAGCUGCCAAGCGAGAGAUGCUGAAGGAUCGCGAGGCCUUUGAGACAGCACGUCGGCUCAGUCACGAUGCCAUGGAGGAGAAGAUCCCCUGGGUCUACCCGAAGCCCAUUGACUUGCCUUCUCCACUGGUUCAGCCAGGAAGCGGGAGCCAGGAGAAGUUCACCCAGGCUGAGCGCGAGAAAGGCAUUUUGCAGGAAAUCUUUCUCUCCAAAGAGAGGUAGGUGAACUCCAGCAAAUGUGCUGACGUGUGCAUUUUGAGCACUUGAGACCCUGGGUUAGAUCCCUGUCAUCUUCAGCAGAUGACUUCCAGACUGAGUAUAGGACACAGAAACUAGAUGGAAUACGGACCUGGCUAUAGGCAAUGCUCUAAUUUUAACAAGGAUUCAGUCAUGUAUCCUGGAAGACAGCAGUGGAGAAACAGUAUUAGUUACAUGGCUGGGAGAGGCAAUUCCAUGGCUAGUCCCAUUUUGGGGAGGACCUGGGCAGUUAUAGCUCUAUCUUCCUGUUUCUUCUGCAGUAUCUGGGCUCUCAGCAGUUCUCACCGUGCUUGUCCUCUCAAGUGUUCCUAUGUGGCAGGAGAAGGACCUUUAUUACGUAGGGCACUAGGUGAACUGUCCAGAGUUGGCCUGGGAUUUCAAGUUUCUUGGCUUCCCUAGUUUCAGGCCUAGCAGUCUUAACUUAGGCAAGGCAUUAUCCGUCUCUUCUCUCCCUGUAUUAAUUCCAGACUAAUAUUCUCUCUCCCUAGUGUUCCCGACAGUCCUCAUGAGCCUGACCCAGAGUCCUAUGAGCCAGUGCCGCCCAAGCUCAUUCCUCUGGAUGAGGUAAGUGCUUUCCCACUUUGGUGGUUUCCAAUCCCCUGCUUUGAGCAGAGGAAAGCAAAAAAAUAAAAAAUAGUGGCUACAACAGGAGUGGGAGUGAUAGCCAGGGCUAGUCUUGCAACUGUAUAGCAGGCCAAUAUUUUAUUUUUUUAAGAGCAGGACACUUGAUAGACGAAAACUCCUAGGUUCCCUGUGCUAAGAAAGCAUAUUUAAGAAAGGGACCCAGAAACCCUGUGCUCUUUGCCUAUUCCCUGCUGCCUCUCUGUGUUGGUUUCCCUUCUGUGUAGUGGAAACAAGCUGGAGAAGGGGAAUAUUUUGGAUCAGAAGCACAGCCGAUCUCCCCUGGGCUAGAACAGCCGGCUCUCCCACCCACCCACCCGCCCCGUCUCCCUGGGUUUGAGCAGCCAGCUCCCCAGCAGCCAGCCUCUGCUGACUCCUUCUGUCUCCUCUGUCACCUCUCUCAGGAAUGCUCCAUGGAUGAGGCUACCUACGAGGAAAGACUCGACCCAACCACCGCCUCGCAGUCUCCGGACGGAGCUGGGGGCUCGAAGCUGCCCCCGGUCCUGGCCAACCUCAUGGGCAGCAUGGGGGCAGGCAAGAACCCGCAGGGCCCCAACCCCAACUCCUCCAUCAACGUGCAAGAGAUCCUCACCUCCAUCAUGGUAACUAGAACUGCCACAUUGCAGUCUUUUGAGCAGCAGAAAACCAAUCGCAGCUGACCUGGCCUGCCAUGCCUCCUUCUCACCUGCCUCCUUUGCAGUUGAGAAGCCGAAUUUCUGCUGAACCAAACUAUUGGCCCCAUCUUACCGACACCUUCAAAUAGGUGCAGAGACCAGAAUCCUCCUCCUCCUCCUCUUCCCCUCAUGAAAUAAAAAGAGCAGGAGACUAUCCCACACUGCGCCAGGAAGAGAAGCUGAUAAAUGGGAUUCUGUCCUGAAACCCAUUUUCUGGUGCCUUCCUUUGCGCAAAACCGGAGUAGCUCCCCUGCCCCAGCUAAGCAGAGGUGUACGCAGGACCAGUGUAGCCAGUGGGGACAGGGUAGGCCAAGGCUGCAGACCUCCUUUCUAAUCCCACGGCUUAUCUUCCCCAUUUAUUGCAGGGUGGCUCCAACAAUCACAAAACAGAAGAGCUGCUGAAGCAGCCAGAUUACUCCGACAAAAUCAAGCACCUGCUGGGCAACUUGCAGGGUCAGCCUGGACCGGGUCCUUCAGGAGGUGAGUUGGUUUCAUUUGGCACCUUAAUCCCUCUGCCCCCCCCCCCAUGUUGAAUAGGCCUUGCUGUUUCCAUCAGCUGUCCUCCCAGAUAUGCCACACAGUUCCUCCCCAUGAGUCUGUUGCAUAAGGCGCCAUAGGGCUGCUUCCCCCCACUUUAAAAUGGAGGCCUAAGUAAAGGACUAGGUGGCCCAUCCAAGGGAGGAUAUGCCAAAGCUUUGUGUUUGAAUUCCAGGCUUACAGUGGCUAAUGGGUUGGGUUUAGCCUGGUGGUUAUGUAGAGCUGUUUCUCUCUCUCCUUUCUUUUUUCUUUCAUAUACAGCUGUUUUUCUCUGUUUCUCCUUUGCGAUGGGACUCCAUUAACAGUUCCUUUCUUCUCCUUAUAGUUCCUCAUGGACUGCUUGGAACAGGGCCCGGUCCAGUCCCCAACGGAUUUCCCCCGGGGCCCAAAAACAUGCAGCUCUUCCCUCCUGUAGUUCCAGGACCUAUGCCUGGUAAGUAGAGAUGGGUUCUUCCUAAAAAGAAAAGGCCAGCAUGGAAUCAUAGAAUCAAAAAGCUGAAAGAGGGAGCAUGAGAAUCAUCUAGUCCAACCCCCUGCAAUGCAGGAAUCUUUCACCCUAUGCGGGGCAUGAAACCACAACCCUGAGCUCAAGAGACCUAUGCUCUUACCAACCGAUUUAUCCCUGGGAUUGGGGGGGGGGGCAUGGCAUAUUCCUGAAAAACCAUUGUCAGUUGUGUUUCUUUGGCUAAACCCAAAGCCACGCUCAUUGUGCUCCCCUUCUGUCUUCCCCAGGACCCCACGGGGGCCCAGUUGGUCCUAACAUGCCUCCCGGCCCUGGCGUGCCCAGCGGGCCUCGAAUGAUGGGCCCACCCCCUCCCCAGUGUAAUGAUGGCUACUGGGACCCUCCCGACGGUGGCAUGCGAGGUGGGCCCCACGGAGGCAUGAGAGGCGGCAGCCCUGGUCCGGGCCCCGGCCCUGGCCCUUUUCACCGUGGGCGAGGUGGCAGAGGCGGAGAGCCCCCUUUCCGUGGACGAGGCGGCAGGCGGAACGGCGGCCCCCCUAAUGGUAGGGGUGGCCCUCCCAACAACAGCAUGGGCGGUGGCCACGGAGGGGGACACGGCGGUGGCGGCCACGGAGGGGGACACGGCGGCGGCCAUGGAGGCCACGGAGGAGGGGGCCACCCCGGGGACCACGGCAGGGGCCACCCCGGGGACCACGGCCGGGGACAUCCUGGCGGUCAUCCAGGGGACCACGGCAGGGGACAUCCAGGUGGUCAUCCAGGGGACCACGGCCGGGGAUAUCCAGGGGACCACGGCAGAGGUCACCCAGGGGACCACGGCAGGGGACAUCCAGGGGACCACGGCAGAGGUCACCCAGGGGACCACGGCUGGGGGCACGGAGGCGGCCAUGGUGGAGGUAAAUACUGGAAAUUUUCAGUGCUCUUCCCUUGAUGGGGUGGGAUUUGCAGGGGUGUCAGCCCAGCAUGCAGAGUUUCACAGGGAGGCAAACAGCUGCUAAAAGAAAAAGCAAAGGGGAACAGAAAUGUUUGAAUACAGAUUGUCCGUUCCCUUUGUCUUUGGCCCCUAAAGCAGAUUCUUCAGAUGUUAACAAUGCUGCCCAGGGCAUAGGAUAGUCUCUUCCCAUUUCCUUUUAAUAGCAUGCUUUCUUUUGAAACUUGUUUUGCCAUCUUUGGUUCUUUGUGAUUCAUCGCAUUCUGGGUCUGCGGGUGGCUGGGAUGUAACAGCAUGUUGAGGGAAGGGAUGCAUGCAAAGUUGACCGAACUUCCUUCCCGCCUUGGCUGACUGCCCUGUCCCUUCCCUUUCGCCUCGCAGACAGGUCGGAGCGCCCCGUUUGCCGUCACUUCACGAUGAAAGGCAGCUGCAGGUACGAGAACAAGUGUGCCUUCUACCACCCUGGCGUCAACGGGCCGCCCUUGCCCUAG